GUUUGAAGAAUUUUACAAAUGUAGCCCUUAUUUCUUCAGUAUAUUAUCGAUCUAUUAUGAAGAUUAACGUUUCGAUUGAUCAUAGAACGACACACUGGACAGCAGUCGCGACAGAGUGAAACAAUUGUUUGGAUCGAUGAAGUGUUCCUAUUGAAAAUAAAAGUUAACUGAUAACGCGCUGUCUGAUCGUCGAAGCAAAUCGGACGACAACUCUCAAGAAGGCUCAUUCUUGAUCAUAUGUCUGAUUCAAAGUAUAAGCACCGGAUCAUAUAUAUAUAUAAAUGAAAAUGUCGUGGACGACUGCAUGCCCCUCGAUUUAUAUAAAUAUUUCGAAUUUGACGAGUGGCACAAGCGACGUUCAGUUCAAUGAGAGUGACGAUUGUGCAAACAACACAGGAGUUCUCUACACUCCUUACGACAAGCGUCCCGAGACUUACAUCGUUCCCAUCGUUUUCUUUUUGAUUCUCAUUAUCGGUGUUACCGGAAAUGGCGUCCUUGUACUCACCAUUUUACGUCAUGCGAAUAUGAGGAAUGUACCAAACACAUAUGUACUCUCACUCGCCCUGGGUGACUUACUGGUUAUUGUGACGUGCGUUCCUUUCACCGCGACCAUUUAUACCAUCGAAUCUUGGCCGUUUGGAACAGCCGUGUGUAAAAUAUCCGAAUGUGCCAAGGAUAUAUCGAUCGGAGUUUCCGUGUUCACUCUCACCGCGCUUUCGGCUGAUCGAUUUUUUGCGAUAGUUGAUCCUCUCCGAAAGCUUCACGCAACAGGAGGCGGAAAACGAGCUACGCGGUUCACGAAUACCAUUGCCGGUCUCAUCUGGUUGCUUGCAAUUGGAUUUGCUGUACCGGCCAGUUUCGCUUAUAUCCGAAUUAAGCAAGUUAAUAACACAACGAGCUUCAUGGUUUGUUAUCCGUUUCCCGAAGAAUAUGGCGUUACUUACGCUAGGUGGAUGAUUGUCAGUCGGUUUUUCAUUUACUACUUGAUACCGUUGUUCAUUAUCGGUAUCUUUUAUCUCCUAAUGGCUCGGCAUCUUUUCCAGAGCACUAAAAAAAUUCCCGGCGAGAUGCAAGGCCAGGAAAAACAGAUAAAAGCGAGAAAAAAGGUUGCGCGUAUGGUGCUUGCUUUCGUGGCUGUUUUCGCCGUGUGUUUCUUUCCUCAGCACGUUUUCAUGCUCUGGUUCUACUUCAAUCCAACAUUCGACAAAGAUUACAACGGUUUUUGGCACACCUUUCGAAUCGUUGGAUUCUGUCUGGCUUUCAUGAACAGUUGUAUCAAUCCCAUCGCUCUUUAUUUCGUCAGUGGAUCCUUCCGCAAGUAUUUUAAUAGGUAUUUGCUGUGUUGUUGCUUGAUGAAGAAAAAUCGUUCGAGGUUGAGCAUGGAAUCCAAUCGACAUGCCCAGAGUUUUUCCUUAUCGACAAGGCGACACCAGAAUUCAAAGCGUCAAUGUGGAACUCAAAGCAGCCGUCAGAGUUACAAUAACUUUAUGAAAAUAGCAGACACCUGUCUAGACGAAAAUAGAAGAAAAUUUCAUUCCGGAAUACAGAAACGGGAUCACCAACAACCUGAACAAGAGACCAUGGUUUCAAUCUGCAACAACGGCCUCGAGCAAAGAGCAUAAAUACGUCAGUAUUUUUACCAUCAUUACGACUCUUUUUUGUCUGCGAGGCUUCAGCUAAAGUUCGCUUUUUCUUUCUACGAAUCUUGUCUACAUUUGUCAUAAAAAUUAAUGUUUGCCAAAUUUUUUUCACAACCGAUCAAAAUGAAUUGAUUAUCUGCUGAAUUUACGAUCGUUAAAUUAUUUCUCCAUUUUUUUCAAUCAGUUGAAAACAUUUCUCCAUUUUUUUUUUCAAUUCAAAACAGAGCUUUAAAGAAAAAGUAUCUACUGUCACAUACUCACUCCGUAAAACGAGUACCUAUUUUAUCUUUAGGAAAUGGUAUUCAUUCGAAACUCUCCGAAGCUGAAAUUGUUUUCAAGUACCAACAAAAAUUGUAGACGAUAGAAUAUAAAAAACGUUUGAUGCCAGGUCAAAUAACAAAUUGAAAAUUGUUCGAACGACUACAACGGCGUUGUGAGUAUUUUUUUGCAAAUCGGUCCGUUCAACAUAUGGUACCGUGACUUUCUCUUGGAACGCUGUUUUGUAGGUAAUAAUUUUUGGUUCGAAUAAUGCGUCAACAAUAAUUUCGAUUCUAUUAAAAUAGGCACUCGAGUGCCUAUUUUUCGAGAUUAUAUUUGAAAAAUUUGAAACAGAGCUCAUGAUAUUACCGCGAGGUGAAGAAUUAAAUUUCAUCGAAUCGAUUCAUUACUUGAACGCAGCCCUUCAUCAGAGUUCAUGCAUACUUAACUUUUUACGAGUUUGAGAAAAUGAUUACGACUGUAUUGGAUCCUGAGCUCCAUUUUUUUCGGAUUUUUCAAGCCUCUUGUACCGCAAGUAAUUCCAUAUUCAAAUUAAACAUUAUGGGGCACGUACCUGAUUCAAUCAUAAAGCACCGAGUGAGCCUGGAAGGAAGGUUAAGACAAAAUUUAGUGCUCCAUAGCAACACUGAAAUCUCGUUUAAUAGCCCGCUGGAUACGUUUUUACAUUCACGAGGCUUAACAAUGCGAUUACAAUCGGAGAUCUCUCUCCCAACGAUCUUUUUGCUACCCUUCCGACACAAGUGACGCGGCCAAAUAUCCUUCCUUUAGAAUAGACUCAUGUUGUUAGCCGAUUAUCGGUUAUGAAACUAAUAAACGAGAACUGUGGACACCAUGAAAUUUUUACUCAAUACACAGCAAUUCAUCCUUCUGAACGAAUGAUUUUCAUCUACUGGAACGAAUAAUUUAAAAAAAAUGAGAUGUCUCUUUCCUUCCAGACCCCACGAUUGUUAUUUUAUCAAUUGUGUAUAUCCAAGGCAUGUAAAAUUAAAAAAUGAUGAAUAUUGUCAAUCGACACCCUUUAAGGUAUUCCUUUCGCAUGACCGUAUUUUUUGGUGGCGCAAACUAGGGCACUGGAAAUUUGGACUGAUUCCUAACCUCUGAGGAGUCGCGAUUAUAUGAGAAAAGCUUCUGUUUCUGCCAUUUUUUCAACUGCUAUCUUUAAUCAGGAAUUUAUAAUUAUUUAGUACAUGAAAUAUUAAAGAAAUGUGGUGAUGGUUCGGUAGCCGGACCUGAAAUUUCGCCAAUCUAUUCUCAUGCACUUUUACUUUACUGUCAUUUAAAAUCAGUUAUUUGUAGAAUAUUCGGGUUCGUGAAAGGAAUACCAGUUAUGCUGUAAUCGACCAUUUCCAUCAUAUUUUGAAAAAUGAAAUAAUGAUUAACCUCCCCCUCGAAUACGGAAAUUCAAGAAUCAUUGUGUCAUCAUCAUCGUCACUUUCGUUAUCACCAUGCAACUUUUUUCAUAUUUUUCUAUCCAUAAAUGUGCAUAAAAUUAAACUUUCUUUUUUAAAAAGUUUUGUGAACGAAGAACCCUCAAAUACCCAAUCAGCAUUUCAAUCCCAUAGAGUAUUGAUGAAAAUUUUCAAAGCAUAAUUUUUUUCUGAAAAACGUUGACGCACGUGGAGCUCUUCAUUUCACGAUUGUACGAUCAGUAUUAAUAGUUUGUAAGACAAAUAUUAAAAGGACCAAUUAUCAUUUUCCGACGAAUUAAAAUGUAAUCGUACCCUGAUGAAUGUUUCAACUCUUGGUGUAAUAAAAACCGUUAUAUAUGUAUUAGAAAUGUAAGUAAUAAAACAGUACAACAAUGA